AUGUCGACCGCCAUCCAUCCCUCGCCGUCGGCUCCUGCUGCCUCGGGCGCGGAGACUCAGGAGGCUACGCCGAACCCGAUCAGUGUCCCAAUCGUCGUCAGGAAUUUCAAGGCGUCUGACCUACCGCUCACUUCGGCCACACGAUCUGCAAUUGAAGGGUUAGCUCACAGCUUCAAGAAAAAGGGCGGAUAUGAUGCUAUUCGAAAACAGGUCUGGGAGAAGUUCGCUAGUGACCACGAAUCCGAGAUCGUCAAACAAAUACUCCAAGUAGCCGAGCAAGAAGUCGAGCGGAACCCCCUACAACUGCUUACACUCGACCGCGGCAAAGCAGCGGCCCUCAUCGACGGCGCCCUCGACCGGAACGAAGUCUACCAGAAGGCACAGGCUGUAAUCGAGAGUCUGAUCGAUACCGACGCACUAGAGGCACAUCUUCGUGAGCUCCGACGUGCAGAGAUAGGCGACGAGGCGGCCGAAGAAGAGCGUAUCCGCGGCUCCAAGACGGACGAAGAAUAUGCUGCUGAGACUGCCACGCGCCGUGCAGAGAGGGAACGUGUGCGUGAAGAACUCCGACUGGUGGAGGAGAAAAAGCGCAGACUCGAGCGUGAGAUCAAGGAAAAAGAAGAGCAGAAACGGCGGGAAGAACGGAGGAAGAAGCAGCUCGAGGAAGACGCCAUCAGGGAAAAGGAGCGUGAAGAGCGGCGCGCACGACGAGAACAACGUGAACGGGAAAGGGAGCUCAGCCGUGAGCGCCGCCACAGGGAGAGGGAUCGAAAUCGCAGCAGGGAUCGUGAUCGUCACAGAGACCGUGAUCGUGAUCGCGACAGAGACAGAGGUCGGGUAAGGUCUAGGGAUAGGUCAAGAGGCCGGGACAGGCGCCCUAGUAGGGACGCCAAGGGCAGGAAUGACCAUGGCCGCCCCGAGGAUGUGAAGACGCAACUCUCCAAGGAGGAUAAUGAACGCCUGGAACAAGAGGCGUUGGCCGAUCUUUUGCGCGAGAGCAAGCGUGUAGCUGCGAAACAACCUGAGCUGGAGGUUGACACCACUCUCGCACCGCCACCUAGACGAACGAAGCCAGCAUCUGCAAUCGAUCCAAUCCGCCGAGCAUCACCAAAGGUAUCUGAGGUCAGGAAGACAGCAGAUGUUGCGAGCAAACCAGGAGUCACUGAGGAGACAAAGGAGGUCAUUGAACCUAAGGAGACAGUUGACAUCAAGGAUGUCAAGGAACCCAAGGAAGCCGCCACUCGGGUCGAUUCGCGAAGAAGCAAGAGCCCUUCUCUAGGGGCUCGCGGACAUCGUGGCAAAGAGAAGGAGAAGGAGAAGGACAGGGAAGUCGAGAAAGACAGAGAUCGUGACGACGACCGGAAGCGGAAAGACGACAGGUCAGCCUCCCCGCCCUCGCGGCGUACCGAGCGAAGCCGUUCACACAAGCGAGAACAUAGUCGCUCCCGUCUUCGUGAUCGGAGAGAGCGUAGCCGUUCGCGUCCCAGACUGGAUCGCCGAGACGAUCGACGAGAUGAGCAUGCCAGAGAUCGGAGCCGCUCUCGACGGAGGGCGGCAGACCGUCGUGACAGAAGCCGCUCACGAGCGAGGAUCACCGACAGGAGAGACGACACCAGGCGGGCCAGAAGCCGUUCACGCACUACACGAGAUGGUCGUGAGAGGAGUCGCUCUCCACGACCUAGAGUCGAUCGCCGGGAUCGUUCGCGGUCUCGCUUAAGGACAGCGGAUCGGGACAGGCGAGCAAGAAGUCGCUCCCGUUCGCGUGAGCGACGAGAAGCUGAAAAGGAUACCACUGCUCCUGCAGCCACACAAAUUCCCAAGAGCCCUAGUAUUACCAUCACCAAAGAGACGGCCAUUGCUCCUACUCCUAGCGCACGAGUAGCACCACCCACCCCAGGCGGCCCUACCACCACCGGCACGUCAACAAUCACCGUGCCCAUGAUCACAACCCCACUCUCCAUAGCCUCAACCGCACCUCGCCCUCCUUCCCACCUCGACCGCGAUGAAAAGGAAGCUUGGAAACAAGCAGAAGUGAAGAAGCGCGAACAGGAGGCAAAAGCCUACCUAGCAGCACAGAAGCAAGCCCGCGCGAAGGGCAUGCCCAUCCCCGGAAUCGACGACAAGCGAAUCGGAGCCGGUAAUGGCACACCCCUCGGUAGCACCAACGGAGGUGGUGACCGCCGCGACCAUAAUAACCGUGGUGGUGAUCGCGAGCGCGAGCGUGAACGUGAGCGUGAAGCGCCGCUGAUCGACUCCGAUAACCGCUAUGUCCCCUCCACUGCUGCCAGGGUUGUUGCCGAGCGGGAUCGGGAGAGGGACAGAGAGGCCAGGGAAGCCAGGGAGGAGCGCGAACGUGAACGCGAUAGAGAACGCGAAAGGGGGAGAGAAAGAGACCGGGACAAACCUCGUCCGGGCCCGGAUCGCUAUGAUGGUGACCGAGGCCGCGAUGAGAGGGGAGAGAGGGAUAGGGAUAGGGACCGUCGCGACCGGGACCGGGACCGGGACCGCGAUCGUGAUCGUGAUAGAGAUCGUGAGCGGGACAGAGACCGCGACACGCGAGACGAUCGCCGUCGAAGCUCGAUAGUCCGGCGUCGUAGCCGAUCUAGGAGUCGAGACCGUAGCGACCGUCACCGCGACCGGGACAGCAGGCGCGAGAGGAGUCGUGACAGUCGACGGGACAGGAGUCGCGAUAGGGAUCGUGACAGGGACCGAGGAGGGGAUCUUCGCCGUAACAGUCAUCAUCAUAGCACAAGGCGGGACAGGAGUCUGUCGGCUUCCAGACGUGACCGCGACCGCGACCGCGAUAGGGAUCGUGGUGGAGAUCGAGCGGGCGGAAGAGGGAGACGGGAUAGGAGUCGUAGUCAAAGACGGUAG